UGGUAUUUUAUAAAAGCCUCUAAUUUUAUAGAUUAUCAAUUAAAAACAAAAAACCCAACUCAAGGUAUAUAAAUACUAACUAGACCCUUUUCAAUUUAUUGCAAUAGUCAUUGUAGGAAGAAAACAAAAAUAAUGGAAGUGAGAGAAGAUAUAGUGAUUGUGGGAGCUGGAAUUGCUGGUCUAACGACCUCCUUAGGACUUCACAGGGAGGGUAUCAGAAGCUUGGUAUUGGAAAGUUCAGAUAGUUUGAGGACAACUGGGUUUGCUUUUACAGCUUGGACUAAUGCUUGGAAGGCCUUAGAUGCAGUUGGUAUUGGUGACUCCCUUCGCCAACGACAUGAUCUCUUCCAUGGGAUCUCUACCACUUCUACCAUUUCAGGAGUUCAGACCUCAGAGAAGUCAUUUAAGGCCAAUGGAAAACAAGGAGACCAUGAAGUUAGGUGUGUAGUAAGGAAAGUUCUAUUGGAAACUCUUUCAAAUGAACUCCCAACUGGUACUAUCAGGUUUUCUUCUAAGGUGGUUUCAAUUGAGGAUUCAGGCUUCUCUAAGCUUCUUCAUCUUGCUGAUGGAACCAUUAUAAGGACCAAGGUGUUGAUUGGGUGUGAUGGAGUGAAUUCAGUGGUGGGAAAAUGGUUGGGAUUGGGAAAGGUGUCAUUUACAGGAAGAUGUGCCAUUAGAGGCUGUACUUUCUACAACAAAAGCCAUGGAUUUGACCCUAAGUUCAUGCAGUUCUUUGGUCAAGGUGUAAGAUCUGGUGUUUUGCCUUGUGAUGUUAACUCUGUCUACUGGUUUUUCACAUGGACACCUUCACAACAAGAGAGACAUAGAGAAAAUGAUCCAGCUGAAAUGAAGCAAUUUGUAUUGAGCAAGUUAGGAAAAAUGCCAGAGAAAGUUAAGGCUGUGAUUGAAAAAACUUCACUAGAUUGCAUUAUGUCAUCCCCAUUGACAUAUAGAAACCCCUUUAAGUUGUUAUUGGGAAACAUCAGCAAAGGCAAUGCUUGUGUUGCAGGGGAUGCCCUUCACCCUAUGACACCGGAUGUCGGCCAAGGCGGCUGCUGUGCCUUGGAAGAUGGCAUUGUUUUGGCAAGGUGUCUUGCUGAGGCCUUAAUGAAACAACCAAUCUACAAGAAAAGUGAUGAAGAAGAGUAUUAUAGGAUUGAAAUGGGGUUGAAGAAGUAUGCUAAAGAGAGGAAAUGGAGAAGCUUUGAUCUCAUAACUACUUCUUAUAUAGUUGGUUUUUUCCAGCAAAGUGAUGGGAAAUUGAUGACUUUCAUAAGAGAUACAUGUUUGGCUAAAUUCUUAGCUGGUUUGCUGUUGAAGAAGGCUAGUUUUGAUUGUGGAAAGCUCAAGCUUUCUUGACUAUUACUACUAUUACACUAUACUACUACUACAUCAUGUAAUCUAAGGAUCUUCCCUUAUCUUUUGGAUUUCACAAUAAAGCAUGAUUGUUUUUUAAA